CUCGAUAGAAGGAAGAUAAAAGAGUCCGGACCAAUACCAUCCAUGACCUAGUGCCAACCAGGUGCCAUACCAAUGACGGCUGAAUAUGUAGACUGUCUGACGGGUCGUUACAUACACUCAGUACAGAACUCAACAGUUCCUUCAAAUGUAACAAACAUUGUCAUUCGUUUACAAUUCUUUUAGUUCGAUUGGUUAACCUGGCGGAAAAAGUUUUAUGCAGUGCUGCCAACCUAUCCUUCAUCCUUCAUUAUUAAGGUUACCUCGUGGUCGUGUCUUUUCCGUUCUAGGCUGUAUCAAAAAUGGCAACGACAAUCUCAAAGAAACGUAAGUUCGUAGGAGACGGUGUCUUCAAAGCCGAAUUGAACGAGUUCCUAACUAGAGAACUCUCAGAAGAUGGGUACUCCGGUGUGGAAGUACGCGUUACUCCAACGCGUACCGAAAUAAUCAUUAUGGCAACAAGAACAGACAGGGUGUUGGGAGAAAAGAACCGCAGGAUCCGUGAGUUGACGUCUGUAGUGCAAAAGCGAUUCAACUUCCCAGAGAACUCCGUAGUUCUAUACGGAGAAAAAGUAGCCAACCGUGGUCUUUGUGCCAUCGCUCAGGCUGAAUCAUUGAGGUUCAAACUCAUUGGAGGACUUGCUGUUCGAAGGGCCUGCUAUGGAGUCCUAAGGUACAUCAUGGAGUGUGGAGCCAAAGGCUGUGAAGUUGUGGUAUCUGGAAAACUUCGUGGUCAGAGAGCAAAAUCCAUGAAGUUUGUAGAUGGUCUCAUGAUCCAUUCUGGAGACCCAUGCAAUGACUAUGUAGACACUGCCACCCGCCAUGUGUUGUUGAGGCAGGGAGUGUUAGGAAUCAAGGUAAAGAUCAUGUUGCCAUGGGACCCCAGUGGCAAGACUGGGCCUAAGAAGCCUCUUCCUGACAAUGUCUCAGUUGUGGAGCCCAAGGAAGAAAUUCUUCCUCUAUUCCCUAGCAGUGAGAUCAAGCCUGUUAAAUCUGAUGCACCUUUGGCCAUUCCUGUAGCCUGAUGUGUUGUUUUUAAGAAAUUUGACUAUUAAAAAUGUAAAAUUUCAUUGGUGUUUCAUUAGUGUUUUUC